GAAAUUGAACGAGGCUUUUGUUCUAAAACAUCGAUUUUGUUAGAUAGUCUGAUUCCGAUAACAAGUUUCCUUUGCGUUAGGGUCAAACUUGAACAGACCUUACUCAUGUAUAUAAACACACUGGAAGGUUUGCUCAGCUAGAACGACGCAGAGGCCGCGCAUCGCGCCGUUAGAAGCAAGUACUGGUACUCGAAGGCAUCAUUCUAGUGCAAGAUGACAGAAGCAGAACAGARUUACCAAGUCUCGAUGUCCGAAUCAGAACCGGUUGAGCAGUUUGAAGUUGUACAUGGUGAUAAUGAUCGGUUAUUGUGGGGAUGGUUGGGSUUUAGACCGCGUUUUCUGCAAGGUCUUUCAUCACCAAGAUGGUUUCUCUUCUUCAUCAGUAUCUUCAGCCUCGCGCAAGGAAUGGCGGUCAAUUCAUUUGUCAGUGUUGCCAUACCAACACUAGAGAAACAAUUCCACUUCAGCAGUCUUCAAACUGGUGUUAUAGUCUCAGCCAAUGACAUUACAGCAUUGCUGCUUGUUUGUUUUGUCAGUUUCCAUGGCGACUAUGGACACAAGACCAAGUGGUUGGGUGCUGGUGCUUUACUCACUGGUUUAGGUUGUUUGGUAUUCUCCCUUCCCUACUUCAUUAUCGGAAAAACUGACAUUUCAACACAAAGCCACAAGUCUUAUGGAUUGUGUUUGCUAAACACCACAAAGACAAACUCAGAGUUUAGUUGUCAAAAAGAAGAAUCAUCUUCAGGGAUAUACUUUUUCAUUUUCAUACUUUCACAAUUGUUAUCUGGUGCUGGUACCACGCCCUUGCAUACAGUAGGUACCGCGUACCUGGACGAGAACGCCCAUCCUAAGUACACUGCAAUCUAUAUUGGUUUAUUUUACUCGACUGUUAUGCUGGGACCUGGCCUUGGGAAUAUGAUAGGAGGAAAUCUCUUGAGUAUUUUUGUGGACAUCAAAUUGCCAUCAAAUGUAAAGAUAUCCAAAACUAACCCAGCCUGGAUAGGUGCUUGGUGGCUUGGUCCUCUAGUUUGUGGUGUCAUUCUGCUCCUCGUAGGCCUCGUAUUGCUCGGUUUUCCAAGAGCUCUACCGAAAUCUGAAAAGAGACGCAAAAUGGCAAUCGCAGAAGGAAUUCUUAAGGAGAGACAGCAACUUUCUGGAAGGAUGAGAGAUAUAUUGCCUGUGACUAAAUCGUUGUUGACAAAUGGAACUUUUAUGUUUCAAAACCUGGCGUUAACACUGAGCGCUCUAGUUGCUGCUGGUCUUGGUCCGUUUUUAUUUAAGAUCAUUCGUAUACGAUAUGGUGGUUCUACAUCUAUCAUUGGUAUUGCUGUAGGCUUGAUCUUGAUACCCGGUGCUGGAGGUGGAAUAACAUUAGGUUCGCUAAUCGUGAAGCUWCUUGGUCUCAAAGAAUCUUGUAAGAAGUCAGCCAAAGUAGCCUUCAUUUUACAACUUAUUGGAAUCUGGACUGCACUGAUCUUCCUGAUCCCUGGAUGUGAGAACUCACUUUAUGCUGGUGUGGAUAAACCUUACAUCAAUAGCACUGAUAUAGGUCUUGUCAAUGAAUGUAAUCGUCCAUGUAACUGCUCCCUGUCGAAUUACAGACCAAUUUGUGGACCAAACAAUAUCAAUUUCUAUUCACCGUGCUUUGCUGGAUGUACGACGGGAUUUACAAAUAAGACAUACAGUAGAUGUGCGUGCCUUUCCUCUUCGACCUCACCACUGAAGGCUGGUAUCUGUGACAGAAAGUGCAAGAAUCUUGCUGCAUUUAUCUUUGGUGCGGUAGUGUUAAGCAUAUUCAGUUUUUCCAAUGCUAUUCCAUCCAAGAUGGUUACUUUAAGGUCAGUUCCAGACAAUCAACGCGGAUACGCCCUGGGUGUCCAGUUCUUGUUCAUUCGUGCAUUUGGGUCGUUAAUUGGACCAAUUGGGUUUGGCCGAUUGCUUGAUACGACYUGUACUUUAUGGCAAACCAAGUGCAAUAGUCGUGGAUAUUGUCUUAACUAUAACCACAUCAAGAUGAGUCAAUUAUUGCUAUUUACUGCCUUGCCUAUCAACGCCUUGUCAUGCCUGGGUUACUACCUUUCAUGGUUUUGCAGCAAACGACAUGAAAACAGAAUUGCAAACAGCGACAAAACAGACACAAAACUUUCUAAACUUAACGCCUACGCAAACAAGAUUGAUGAUAACAAYGCAUAGGUCAUAUGYAUAAUAUGAGAUGACAUUAUCUAWGAUGASGGGACCAACAUUUGGGUCCGUAUAAAAUGUCAGUACUUAUAAACUCUUUUUAGUUUGUGCUUUACCAAGAAAGAAGCAAAAUGUUGAAAAUAGUCACCAAAAUGAACAAGUAUAUUUUGAAAAUUUUUUUUGUAAAUGAAGCACAAUAAAACAUAGCAUAUCAUUGUGUUAUCGUUGAUUCAAUAUCAAGUGAAAUCUGUGAAAAGAAUAGAAUAGAAAAUAAAGUAGAAAAUAAAAUAAAGUAGAAA